ACACCUGACACACUGUAAUUGUCACUGUGGACUGCAUAGCCUGGAGGCUAUUAAACUAGACAUCUUCUGCAGCACUAGCACUGGGAAACAACAGGCGUCUAAAUGGAACGCAUGUCUCUUUUAUUCAAGCCGGUGGACAAUAGACAGGACUGCACUGUAUUUUACAUGAAUCAUUAGGAGCCUUGAGAUGCAUGGCAUCUAUUCAGAACCAGUGACUGAAAACUGAAUUGUCUUUGCUAGUGGAUAUUUUAUUCGGUGACUUUUUUUUUUAACCCAGGGAAUGUGAUAUCAAGUCUGGUUACCAGAGCGGUAUCAGUUUUAUUACCGUUUUAUCUUCUCAGAAGUCCGAACAACACAAGUUUAUAAUUUCAGCAACCUGUAUUUUACAUUGAUGCUUAAAAGACUUGAAACUGGGUGAGAUAUAUUAUAUAUUGCAUUUGCAGACAGAAACCAUGUUUGCUGCUUAUUUGUGUUUAGCCACACACACAUAUAAAUUACUCUUAUAUUUGUCAUUUAAUAAUUCAUUGGCUCCGGUCAACCUGGCAGACUGAGCAAUUUAUACUGGUGUAGUGUUUCAAUAGCUUUCCAUGUGAGCUGACAGCGGAGAGGGACAGAGAGACGGUUGAACAGGCAGCUGGAAUGGAAGGAAAGGAGGGAAGUGGAGACUUUCCAGCAUUUGUUCGCCAAAACCAACAAAAAGCUAUGGCAAGCACUGGUCUGCAGUUGAUCGGCUUUACUGGCGCAGUGACCGGUUGGGUGGUGGGCAUCGCGGCCACUGCCUUGCCCCAGUGGAAGGUUACAGCCUUCAUCGGCAACAACAUCCUGACAUCGGAGGUCAUUUGGGAAGGGAUCUGGAUGAACUGUAUUUACCAGACCACAGGACACAUGCAGUGCAAGACCUACGACUCCAUGCUGGCUCUCCCAGCCGACAUCCAAGCGGCCCGGGCCCUCAUGUGCUUUGCUAUCUUCCUGGGCAUGCUUUCCAUCCUGUUGACCUGCUGUGGUUUGAAGUGCACCACAUGCGCCAGGGAUGACCAGUACACCAAGACAAGCAUCGCCCUGACUGGGGGCAUCCUAUUCAUAGCCACCGGCCUCUGCAUCCUCAUCCCAGUCUCCUGGACUGCCCACACCAUCAUCAGUGACUUCUACAACCCCCUGGUGCCCACUGCCCACAAGAAGGAGCUCGGACAAGCCAUCUAUCUGGGCUGGGCAGCUGCCGUCGUCCUGAUCCUGGGAGGUGCCCUCCUCAGCAGCAACUGUCCUCAAAGUGAACGGGACUACAGGAGGGGCUAUGGCAGAAACCUCAUGCCCAACAAAGCAACGGCUCCCCCUAAGCCAACUUCUGGAGGCAGCCUGCCCAUGAAGGAGUAUGUCUAAUGGGAGAACCUUCCGCUUGAACCCAGAAGGGGAGUGAGAGACGUGCAGAAAACAUGCCUGACUUAAUAUUCAUUCAAAAUGAAAAUGAACAUUUGAAUGUUCUUUAAAUUUGAAUUACAAAAGGAAAAACAAAUUGUAGCACUAAAACGAACGUGGUAACCCAUCAAAUUACCUAUGAAACAAAGGAGAGAAAUGCUCUGCUGUACAGUAGAAAGUAUGUUAUCUAUUUUAUAUGUCGUUAAUACGUGGGUUUUCGUUGAUACAGCAAUUUAUAAAUAUACGAAAGAAUACCAACAGCGCCUUUUUUUUGCCACAGAACACAUUUCAGUGUUUGUACGAAUAUUCAAACAAAGGUGUGUAGCUUUACCGUUUUUGCAGAGCUCUUGCUAAAUUUAGUUGAAAUGGUUUUUAAUAUUCUAUGUGUGCUAUAACUUCCAGUUUCUCAUAAUUUUCUGCACCUCUUUAUUGGUGGUCGUAUUUUGUAUCAUAUCUCUGAACUUGUAAUAAGGUUUGAGUUUUGUUUCUAACAAUAUCUGUAUCCUAAUCCUACCACCGCAAAAAAACAAAACAACAUGCUGCUGAGGUUUGUUAUUUGCAGUAAUUGGUAGAAAUGAUUUCUCUUAAUAAGCUACGGUAUCAAGUUUUAUAACAAAGUAAAACUAUGAGAAAGUAGACAAACUUUUUUUUUUUAAAAAAAAAGGAUUUUCUAAUGUCUUCACUGGUUUUCAGUUGAGUUUUUGUUGUUGAAACAGUUAUGUGCUUGACUUGACACUCUCCCCAUUGGGCCAGAUGUUUGUGCUUUUGUGUUUGCUGUCCAAGAAGGCUGUCCAAAGAAUACAAAAUUAUAUUAAAAAAAAAAUACAGCUCAAAGAACAAUACGAUGGAACAAUAUUAUUCUACUUUCACUUUUUUAUGAUGUCAGUAAUCAUUGUAAAUGUUUCUUUUUGCAAUUAC